GGGCCUUAUAAAUGUGUCGGUGACAGCUUCACAGACUGUACUCUCCUGCACAUUGAGGCACAGCACAUUGAGGACCUGGACUUCCUCGAGUGGCUCCUGUCUGUGUGGAAUCUGCUGCAGUCUGAACAUCUGUCUCCAAACAACAUCUUCACUUCUGACGAACAAUGAAGAGAUCCAGAGCCAUCCUCGUCUGGCUCCUCACUCUGGCAGCACUGAGCUGUGUCUUUGGUGCAAAGAAGUUUCCAAAGCUCAAUUCCACUGAUGAUCUGAACCCUAUUCCUGAGCACAACAUCCUUCUGCUUCACCUGCUUGCCAACCAAGUUUUUAUCGACAAUAACAACAAAGUCUAUCCAAAAUUUGACCCAACUGAAGAUUAUGGUUCCCAUGAUUACAGAAACAAAGAAAAUUUGCUGGACCCUGCCCCUGAAAGUUGCAAUUACUACACUAUGGGUAAUUUUAAAUAUAAUUAACUGGCUUAAUAAUAGGCCAAACACAUGCAGAAACAACAAGAAAGUUCCUUCAUAUGUCUGCAAACCCAAAGGUCUGAACACUCCCAACAUGAACAGAGCUCGCAUUCUCCUUUGUGUAAACCAAGAUGGAAACGAUGAAUACAUCCUAAAAACUUAUCUCACCCAACAUUAUGAAUGGGACAACUGCACUGCCCUAAAUACUGCGUAUGACCCAGCUCGCACCUUUGAAAUAAACCCCGAGCUGCUCAGAGAACUCAAACAGUUUUCAUUCAACGACGAUGUGGCGGCACUGCAGAGGCUGAGGGACCAGUACAACCAGAACAUAGAUAACAGGCUGUUAAAUGAGAUUAUAAAGACAUGGGGGAGAGAGCAAGCUCCUCUAGGGCUGCUUAUAUCACUGAUCAAACAUUUUAGAAGGAUGAAGCGCAGUUAUGGCACUGCGUUUUCCACAUCUGAGUGGCAAACCUGUGAGUUACAACAGAUUUAUGUUGAUGUGGUGACUGGAUACAAUGGAUAUGCCAAUGUUGUGUGGAGAAAUGUUCCUCAACACUACAUAGAUGAAGGUGCCCUUCUACUGCUCAUCAACAACCAGAUGAAACAGGAAAUAAAAGAAUACAUAGAACUUACAAGCACUGAGGGCAGUUAUGCAACUGAUGUAUCACUGGAUGAGGGGCUUCAGGUGAGGUUGCACAAAUAUGAAUCUGGUUGGUUCCUUUUAACAGUGAAGGAUGAGAUCUGCAGAGGGAAAGAUUUUCAAAGUCCACACGCAGUUCCAAUUCAAAACUACAACUUUGCCAAACUGCAGCUCUUUGUUAGAAAUGGCUACAGCUGUUUCCGUCUGUAUAUAGAUGAUUGUGAUGAGUGGAAGUCCAGGUUUCCUAACUCAUGGGUAGCACUGUAUGAGUCUGAUAGAGAGAACACAGAUAAUUACUAUAGCAAGCAGUGGCAGUAUGUGACCUACUUUAAACAAGGCUCUGAUUCUGAUGAGUAUAAGACUUUUGAGUACUGCACUGGUACAGUAGUUUCUCCAGGACUCCAAGCGCGGUUUAUGAUUGAAGACUAUAAUGAAAAUGCAAGAACUCCAGGGUGGCCACAGUGAGAUAUUCUCCAGAAUAUCCACAUAUACAUACAGAUCUUUUAGUGUAGUUAAUCUGAUUGAGAUUCAGGCACAGGACCAGGCCUCAGCCUCCCCCUGCUGCUCUCCAGCAAACUACAGCUCAACCACACCUUAAAUUCAAUCAGAAGCCCUAUUUAUCAAUCAAUCAAUCAAACAAUCAAUCAAACAAUCAGUCCACCCCUGUCCUCCCAGCCAUCACAUCUAUACAACAUCAACUUAUCGUAUAUCAUUAUUGUCGCGUGGUCCUUGCCAUUGAAAUUUGCAUUUUUUACUUAUUUAAUCAAUGAAACAGAUUAAUAUAACCCAUCCCCACUCCACUCAUGCAAUUAAUAAUACCAAUGAGGUUCCAUUCUCCAUGUGAAACUAUACAAAACUCUAUUUCUCAAGUGUUUUGUGUAAAGUGUGAUGUUUUGACUCUUUGUAUAAAAAUGAAAAUCAUUGAAAAUGUAAUAUUAGUUUGAGAUGUGGGAAGAAUCUUUUAACUCUUUCUACAUUUAAAAAGAAUAAUGCAGUCAAUGAUGUGCUUAUUUUAACCACCAGAAAAGUUCCAUAGUGCAGCUUUAAAUGCAGAGAAAAAGCAGUAUGUUACUCUGAGACAUUUGGAAAGGUGUUGGAAAUAUGUGAAUACAUUUUAAUCAUAAUCCAAUGGUUUUAUUCAGUAAUCAAGUAUUUUUUAGUUUAUUUUGUGUUCAUGUCAAAUUUAAAAUUCACCACUAGUAAUGUAAAUGAUGCACCAUCAGUGUUAGGUAAUGAUGUUGGAUUUUAUUUUGAUUUGUGGAUUUUACUUUAUGUUCCUAAAAUGUGCUUCAUGUAAUAAAAGUCAAGUGUAUUUUAUGUUGUACUCACCAGUGCAUGUAGAUUAUGUGGAAUGUUCUGCUGUGAUUGCAAUAAAAAGACAAAAAUAUGAUU